GCGAGAGCAGAGACUCCCUUAAAUGUUCUUCACCUGUUCAAGUAUUGCUCGGUCUUUUUGUUAUCGACUAUUUUCUUCGUUCAUAUGUUUGAAAUUACAAUUCGAGUUUCGAUUUGUUUUGUUUUGUUUUGGCUCUUUGAGGUUUUCGAUUCUGUCGAUUUCUUAUAUACUUUUGUCCUUUGCGUCAUUCUACAUGGUUUUCCUGCUCUUCUCCCUAUUUAGUUUGAAUUUAUGUUAUGGGUUAUUUUCUUCAGUUGAUCAGGUCUUUUAGUUUGGUGUUACAGUGCUUUGAUUUUUCGUUACGGUUUUGGCGAAUUUUGAUUUGUCGGAUUGAGUUUCGAAUCCUUAAGUUAAAACCCUUUUGUAAAAUUAGGAUUUUCGUAUAACAACUAACAACGCUUUGGUUGAUGUUUGGCAGCUAAGAGGGUUUUAAAUAGUCAGCUGAGCUCAAAAUUGUAUAUAAAUGAAACUUACUCCCAUGUUUUGAUAUUCUUAUGGGUUUGACUUUUUAGAAAUUUCGUGAUACUAUACGAGAUGAGUGAGACUUGGUCUAUACUCUAUUCUCAAUUCUCAAAUACACCAGCCUGUGGGAAUUUUCCAGGAAUUUAUGGGGAUAAAGGGUUUGACUUUUUAAAACAUUCUUCUCUCAAUGUAUAUGCUGAAUGUGCUUUCAUAAUUUCUCCAAAUCGACUUUGCUAGAGAUCAAACAAGAAAAGAAAAAAAAGAGAACUUUUUCAUCGUUCAUGAUUAAAUUCUGCUACAAAAAGUGUUUUUUUUUUUUUUUUUUUUAUUCUAGUUUGAGAAAAAUAAGUGAGACUUUGGUUUAGAAAUUAUAGAUUGGCUGGUUCUUGUGCUUCGGUUUUAAUCUUCCAUCAUGUCUGCGUCUUCAUCUUCUUCUUUGUUGGCCUCUGGCCAGUGGAAAUACGACGUCUUCCCAAGCUUCAGCGGUCAAGACGUCCGCCGAAACUUUCUCAGCCACUUGCUCUGUGAAUUCAAGCGCAAGGGAAUCAACUCGUUUGUAGAUGAUCAAAUCAGGAGGAGCGAGUCCAUCGGCCUGGAGCUCGUACGAGCUAUAAGAGCAUCGAGGAUUGGUCUGGUCAUCCUCACAAAGAACUACGCUUCUUCAAGCUGGUGUUUAGACGAGUUGUUGGAGAUUAUGGAUUACAGUCAAAAGGUGAUGACAGUUUUCUACGAUAUAAAUCCAUCUGAUGUAAGAAAACAGAGGGGUGAUUUCGGGAUGGCCUUCGAGAGAACUUGUGAGGGUAAAACAGAGAAGGAGAAGCAGAGAUGGAGCCAAGCUUUGACUAAUGUUGCUAACAUAGCCGGCGAGCAUUCAGAUAAAUGGGAUAGCGAAGCUGCUAUGAUGAUAAAAAUUGCCACAGAUAUCACUAACAUGCUGAACUUCACACCGUCAAGGGAUUUCGAUCAUUUAGUUGGCAUUGAAGCUCAUAUGGCAAAGAUGAACUCUUUGUUAUGUAUGGAAUCUAAUGAAGUGAGGGUCGUAGGGAUGUGGGGUCCUGCAGGAAUUGGCAAAACCACAAUUGCUAGAGCGUUGUACAACCGAGUUUCCGGCGACUUUCAGCUUAGUGUUUUUAUGGAAAAUGUCAAGGGAAGUUACAACAAGAGUGACAGCUACAGCUCCAAGUUGCGGUUGCAAGAACAGUUUCUCUCUGAAAUGCUCAACCUCAAGGAUAUGAGGAUAAAUCAUUUAGGUGUGGCGGAGGAGAGGCUAAACUCCCGGAAAGUGUUUAUCGUUCUUGAUGAUGUCGAUCAUCUAGAGCAACUAGAAGCUUUAGCAAAUGAACCUCGGUGGUUUGGUGCCGGAAGUAGGAUUGUUGUGACCACUGAGCAUAAACACCUUUUCAAGGUGCAUGAUAUCAACCAUAUUUAUGAGGUAGAUUUUCCCUCCUGGAGUGAAGCACUACAGAUCUUUUCUCAAUCCGCCUUCAAACAAGAUUCUCCGCCGGAAGGAUUCAGGGAUCUUGCAGUUGAAGUUACACAGUUCACUAAUCAUCUGCCACUGGGACUCUGUGUUUUAGGCUCAUCACUGCGAGGUAAAAGCAAAACUGAGUGGUCACAUCAACUGCCUAGCCUAAAAGCCAGUCUUCAUGGUGACAUUGAGAAGAUAUUAAAAGUCGGCUAUGAUAGCUUAGGUAAUGGUGAUAGGUAUAAAAUGAUAUUUCUCCAUAUCGCAUGUUUAUUCGAUGGUGAGAAAGAGGAUCGGGUGAUUCAGCUUCUUGAAAAUAGCAUUCCUGGCAUUAAAUAUGGGAUUUCUGUCCUUGUCGAAAGAGCGCUUUUGUAUAUAUCAAGCGGCAAACGUAUCAUGAUGCACCAUUUGCUUCAACAAAUGGGAAGAGGAAUCGUACGUAGACAAUCUGCUCAUGAGCCUGGGAAACGUCAAUUCCUUAUAGAAUCUCAGGAGAUUUAUGAUGUUCUUGCUGAUGACACUGGUACAGCAAGUGUUUUAGGCAUAUCGUUCAACAUGUCUGAUGAAAGCCGCGAGUUGCUCCUAGGAAAGAGAGCCUUUCGUGGGAUGCAUAAUCUCCAGUUUCUAAGAUUCUAUAAAAAAAAGUCCGAUAAGGCCAAACUGCAUUUACAUGAAGGUUUGGAUUGUUUGCAACUACCUCGUACACUCAAGUUACUUCACUGGGAAGCAUGUCCUAUGAAACAUAUGUCUUUUCGGUUUCGUCCAGAAUGUCUCAUUGUAAUCAAAAUGAAAGAGAGCAACCUGAAGAAGCUCUGGGAAGGAGUCCCAAUUCUUAGAAGUCUCAAAAAGAUGGAAUUGGGUGGCUCCACUAGCCUGGAAGAACUUCCUGACCUUUCAGAAGCAAUGAAUUUGGAGCAUUUGAAUUUGCAAAAUUGCCACAGUUUGAUGAAGCUUCCUCCCUCUAUCUGGAAACUUAGUAAGUUGGAUUUCUUACACCUUGAAGCCUGCAGAAGCUUAGAGCCUCUUCCAGCAAACUACCCGUUGCACUCUCUUAGUUACCUCAACGUUAGCAACUGCCCACAGCUCAAAGAGUUUCCAGAGAUUUCUACUGAAAUCGAACAUCUCGAUGCGUCCUCCACCGCGAUACCAGAAGUGCCUCCAUCAAUAGACUCAUGGUUCUCUCUUCAUACAUUGGAUAUGAGUGAAUGUGAGAACCUCACAGAGUUUCCACUUGUUCCGUCCACCGUCUCCGAGUUACAUCUGGAUUCAACAGAUAUACAAGAAGUUCCUCCGUGGAUCUCGGAUCUCUAUGGGCUCACGCAGUUCACCAUGUUACACUGUACGAAGCUGCGAAAGAUCUCGCCAAGGAUUUGUGAGUUGGGACAACUCGAGCUACUUAAUUUUAAUGGCUGCAUAAAUGUAGAAAAAUUCCCUGCAGAAAUGUUCCAGAGCUUCUCUUUAUCACAUGGCUUGGAUUUGUCCCUGGACUUCAUUGGCAAGAACAGUUUACCUACGUUUCCGCCUGAGGAGACCCACGAUUUCCCGUUACGCUUGAAUUUGUUUGGGAAUGAUUUUGAGAGUAUCCCACAUCACGUUGUACCGCAGGUUUAUUCCAUUAGCCUUACAGACUGCAUAUAUCUCCGGUGGCUGCCAGAGCUUCCGGGCUCGCUGUCAGAACUGGACGCAAAUAAUUGUGUCUCUCUUGAAAGUUUGUCUCCGACCUUUGGCUCAUCUCACGACCCAAAGCUCGUCCUCAGGCUCGUUAACUGCUCGAAACUGGAUCAACGAGCGCGUAAACUAGUCAUCCAGCGAUGGGCUUGUGGGUAUGCGGUACUACCUGGUAGCAAAGUGCCCAACUACUUUACUCAUCGAGCUAGAGGAAGUUCUCUAACCAUCAAUAUAGACCGGAGGAAGUUAUAUGGAUCGUUGAGAUUUAAAGCUUGCGUUGUGCUCCCCCGGAGUAAUAAGUUUGAUGUUGUGAAUUUUAGGCGUUUCAAAAUUUCUUGCUACGUCAUAGGCAGACACUCCACCACUGUGUAUAAAUGGCCGGAGAUAUAUGCACACUGUCGGCUUCAGGAGAGCCAUCUGUUUAUACUCAACUCUUACCUCACGCUGGAGGAAGACAACAUCCCCGAAAGCGAGAUAUUUUUUUACUUCAAAUGCUUGGAGAGUAAAGAGUAUCCGGUGACUGUAUCCGCCAAUAUACUGCGAUGUGGUGUAAAACUCUUGGAGCCUUGUUCUUGCGAAUAUGACAGGAAAGCACACCCUGAGUUAUCGACUUUUCCACUUGAGGACGAUGAAGGCAACAUCAACAGCAUUGGAGAGACAAGUAGAAGCAAGAAACGAGAGCGGUCCAGUGUUGCAGAGGGACCUGAGAGGUCAAGCAAGAAUCUGAGAAUUGGAUGAGUGGAAAUCUGAGAGGUCAAGCAAGAAUCUGAGAAUUGGAUGAGUGGAAAUCUGAAGAUACUAACAUUGCAUUUCUAAAAAUUCUGAUGUUAUGUGUGACUCAAGUUUUGUUCAUUAACAGCUUGAAGGAAAUACAAGAGGUGCCGAUAUUCAAAGCUCUUGUUUUAAAGCCAACAUUGCAUAACUGUUCCAUGUCUUUUAGAAAAAAACAAGCUCUCUUCUGAUUAGAAGCAAACAAAUUUAAUUGGAAAAUCUUGUUCUUUUUUUCUGUAAUUAAAUGUUACAGAUGACAAAAAAAUUGCGUGUUGUAACUUGUAAGCUAUAUAUAUAUAUAUAUACAAAUCUGAUUGUUCCCUUUG